UUUCAAUCAGCUUCUAUACCCCGCUAGCACACUCAUUUUUCUUUUGUAGGAGCGGCUGGGUUCACUUUAAUUAGUGAGAAGGAACAGGUCUCCCAAUGGUUUUUGCAGGUAGCCUUAGGGCGAAUAGCGUGUCUUGCGCUAAACAAUUACGCUUGAGUCACUCCCGAGCAUUGUUAGCUAGCCCAAGACAUUUUUCGACAUCUCUCGUUACCCCUGCUCGCUCAUCUCCUCUUCUAUCCUCUCCGCCACCAUCAGAACCUGAGAAUGACGCGGCAGAAUCGAGUAGCAAGUCUGUCAAGUUUGAUGGCGCAGACGAUGAAAGUCCAGCAGGCUCAUCCGCCCAGUCAUCGUCCCCACCGUCUUCUUCUUCUGGUGGAGAUAGUAGCGACGAAGUCUAUCCCCAGGUUCUUGCUCUCCCAAUUGCACGACGUCCCCUCUUUCCCGGUUUUUACAAGGCCGUUGUCGUUCGCAAUCCGGCUGUCGAUGAGAAUACGGAUAGCGAUGUCAUUACGGAUAUUAAUUCGGUUCAUCCGAUUACUAGCGUGUUUGCUGCGAACAGUGGUACUGGUGACGACAAGGAAGAGGGUCUCCACUGCUGUUUUAUAACGGAACUAAUCAAGGCUGGUGAACAUACUAGUACUGCUAAAGUGGCAGGAAGAGACGCAAACGGGUUACCCCCUCCUCCCACGCCCACUGAAGGUGAUGUCCUGUUCACAACCUCGUUCCUGCACAAGCAUGCCAUCUCCAUCGUUCAGGUAGACAACCUCGUAACACAACCAUACAAUAAGACGACCAGUACAUUCGUGCCUUUAUGUCCGAAAUUGUUUUCCGUUCUUCAAGGACAUCGCCCAGCUAACCCUCUCUUCCGCGACCAAAUUACCAACUUCUCUAUCAACCAGGUUGCGUCCAAUGUCUUUGAUGAGCCCGACAAGCUCGCAGAUUUUGCGGCCGCUGUAUCCUCUGAGGUGCUUGAGAGUCUCGUCGUCGACGACCGUCUCCGCAAGGCCCUCCUCGUUCUCAAGAAAGAGCUUAUUAAUGCUCAGCUCCAGAGUAAACUCUCACGCGACGUGGAUAGCAAGAUUGCGAAGCGCCAACGCGAGUACUACCUGAUGGAGCAGCUCAAGGGGAUCAAAAGGAGCUCGGACAAGCUCAUUGAGAAAUUCAAGGAGCGUGCCGCCUCGUUGAAGAUGCCAGAGGGCGCGAAUGUGACGCGUAAUUACCUCGAAUGGCUUACUCAGGUGCACAUUUUAACCUACUCCAUCACACACGCUCAGACAGUUCUUGAUGAAGACCAUUAUGGCCUCAAAGACGUUAAAGACCGCAUACUGGAAUUUCUUGCUGUGGGUAAGCUUCGGGGAACAGUCCAAGGCAAAAUUAUCUGCCUUGUUGGGCCUCCUGGCGUUGGCAAGACAUCUAUUGGUAAAUCGAUUGCCCGCGCGCUUAACAGACAAUUCUUCCGGUUCUCGGUCGGUGGUUUGACGGAUGUAGCAGAGAUCAAGGGCCAUCGGAGGACGUAUGUUGGUGCGCUUCCUGGAAAGAUCAUCCAAGCGCUGAAGAGGGUAGGGACGGAAAAAUCCGUGGAUAAGAUUGGGAGAGGUAUCAAUGGUGAUCCUGCUAGCGCGCUGCUUGAGAUCAUGGAUGUUCCCGUCGAUUUGUCACGCGUUCUGUUCGUCUGCACAGCCAACAACCUUGACACGAUCCCAGCACCUCUCCUCGACCGCAUGGAGGUCCUUGAAGUCAGCGGAUAUGUUUCCGAGGAGAAAUGCGUCAUUGCCGAAAAGUAUCUUGGACCACAGGCAAAGGAAGCGUCAGGCUUGAAGAACGCCGACAUUGUCCUCGAGCCCUCUACCGUCGAUUGUGUGCGGAAUCUGAAGAAGCAUAUUGACAAGAUCUACCGGAAGGCUGCACUGAAACUCAUCCUCGACCUCGGCGAAACUGUCUUCCCUGAACCAGUCCCAGCUACGGCAACCAGUACACCUGCCCCAUCGAGUGCUGCCGAUCCUCAGCCUAAGACUGUCGAAGAACCUGAAGACUACGUCGGUCCACCUGUUUAUCACAAAGACAGGAUGUACGUGUCUCCUCCACCUCCAGGCGUCAGCACUGGUCUAGGAUACUUGGGCAAUGGGUCGGGUGCUGUCAUGCCCGUCGAAGCUACUAGCAUGCCUGGUAAGGGUGGAUUGCAGCUGACUGGUAAACUCGGCGAAGUUAUCCGCGAGAGUGCGCAGAUUGGGCUUAGUUGGGUCAAGGCUCACGCAUACGAGCUUGGCAUCACUAAGACGCCUGAGGAACAAUUCCUCACGGACCGUGAUAUCCACGUUCACAUGCCUGAGGGUAGUAUUGGAAAGGAAGGUCCCAGUGCUGGGACUGCUAUUCUAUCGGCCUUUGUGUCUCUCUUUACCAAGACGAAGAUCCAUCCAGACAUUGCCAUGACUGGCGAGAUAUCGCUCGUUGGCCAAGUGCUUCCUGUCGGCGGUCUUAAGGAGAAGAUCUUAGCUGCUCACCGUGCAGGUAUAAAGACGAUUCUAGCGCCCGCAGCGAACCGCGCCGACAUCGAAGAGAACGUCCCAGAAAGUGUCAAGACAGGAAUCCGCUUCGUAUAUGUCGAAGACGUACGGGAAGUCCUGCACGAAGUUUUUCGAGGUCAAGAUAUUGUUGAGCGGUGGAAGGAUACGUUAUCGUUAUAGUUUGAUUCCUCUGCUACAUCAUUACUUAUUCUAUUUCGUUCGAUCGAUCGACAAGAGGCCGAUUGAUUGAUUGCUUUUCUAUCUGAUUGCGCACUUGCAUAACUAGAGUUACUUUUACUUAACAACACGGUAUACUGCAAUUGCUGUAUUUUAUACAAUAAACCCAACUCAUGAUCUCAUGGCACC